UGCAAAAACCCAAUGGAGACAUUCAAUCAAUGCCAAAGAUCGAAUAACAACCGACGACUUCAACGGCCCCAUUAUCUCAUGUGUGAAUGGCACCUCUGGAAGCGCUUGUCUGGACACGUUUUAACGUUGGACUUCUCACCGGAAUGCGUAGUACCGUGCGCACGGCUGUUGGGGCAGCUUGCCACCGCGACGCAAAGCUCCCUUUGAUGUUUUUACAAUGUUUGUCCAGUUGCUUGGCGCAUGGUGCCGCUCCAUAAGAGUUUCAGACACUGGAGGACCGUGGGGGCGGUCAGAGGGGGCUGCCCUUUCCACCUCCAUUCACACUCUGAAAGGCUGAUGUUGCGUCUUUCUCUCUCAUUGUGCACUUUCGCUCGCUGUUCGGGGAAAUCGACCCGAAUGAGAGUUGGCCCAUUGUUGCGGGAGUUUUGGUUCGUCGUGGCAAAUGUUGCAUGCGACCGAGCUGCAUUUUACACGCGGCUCUUUGGGUGUUUUUUUCUGUUCAGUCCAGCGCGUGGGAACUCUUGUCUUGUUCUUUGGAAUUGCAACAAGUCUCCUCUUUGCGCAGAGCGAGCUAAUUUCCUCGAUGCUUACGUGCGAAACGGACGAUCGCAAUUGCACAUCGGCCACGGACUUAUUUCAGAAUUGAACACCUGUAGAAGGAAUGGAUUUACCCGGUUGGAGACUUAUCCAAAAAAGCAAUAAUGCAUAAAAUUCCUCUACAACUUCUCGAGGGUUUGAAGCGUAAACGUUGGAAUAAUGCGCCCGACGUAAAUAAACUAGUAAAAGGAUGGAUGCGCGCGUAUUUGCUGCUCCUCCUGGUUUGCAAAUUUCCAGAACUUUCUUUUUGUUCAAGUGAUGCAGGAUCCACAGUUGAACACGAAGGAUUUUGUCCCAAUAAGCUGAAUUCCAAUCUCUGGGUUGAUGCGCAAAGCACCUGCGAGAGAGAAUGCAACGUCGAUGAGGACUGUGCUGACUUUGAGAAAUGCUGCACCAACGUGUGUGGUCUCAACAGCUGCGUGGCUGCACGUUUCUCCGAUGGCACCCCUGCCCAGCCGGACGGGCAGGCUGGAGGAGACGGAAAUGGUGCAACCAACUCCACAGCUACCUGUGAGGACUUUAUCUGCAGCCAGCAGGGAGCAACCUGUGACAUCUGGGAAGGACAGCCCAUCUGCAAGUGCCAGGACCGGUGUGAGAAAGAGCCCAACUUCACGUGCGCUUCGGACGGCCUCACGUACUUCAACCGCUGCUACAUGGACGCCGAGGCCUGCAUUGGCGGGGUGACUUUAACGGUGGUCCCCUGUCGCUUCUACCUGGCCGGGCCCCACACCAGUCCACUGCCUCGGGACACAACGGCUAACCCCACCCCGACAUCGUCCCAGGAGGACCCCAUGCCCCCCGCACUGUUCUCCAACCCCCACCACCAGUCGGUCUACGUCGGAGGUACGGUCAGCUUCCACUGUGACGUCGUGGGAGCCCCCAGACCUGAUGUAACUUGGGAGAAACGGAACGAACGGCGCGAGCAGCUCGUCAUGAGGCCUGACCAGAUGUAUGGCAAUGUAGUUAUCACCAACAUCGGUCAGCUCGUAAUUUACAACGCCCAGGUGUGGGACACGGGUAUCUACACUUGCAUUGCGCGGAAUUCGGCGGGGGUCCUUCGCGCGGACUACCCGCUGUCUGUCAUCCGCCGGGCCGGCGAUGAUUUCUCUGAAGAUCCCGAGAUGCCCAUGGGAAGGCCAUUCUCACCAGCAGACUGCCAUGCCGAAGUCGACCUGAGAGUGUGCAGUGGGGAGCGUCACGUGGACUGGUACUAUGACGGCAAGCAGGGCUCCUGCGUGGCCUUCAGCAAUGGCGGAUGCGACGACAGCCGCAACCGAUUUGAGACCUAUGAGGAGUGUAAGGCUUCCUGUCAGAGGGAAGGGAUGGGCAUCUGCUUUCUGCCUGCUGUCCAGGGCCCGUGUAAAUCUUGGGAGCCACGUUGGGCCUGGAAUUCCAUCUUGAAGCAGUGCCAGGCCUAUGCCUAUGGUGGCUGCCAUGGAAACGCCAACAGCUUCAGCACCAAAAAGGAGUGUGAGGCAAACUGCCCGCAGCCCAAAAAGAAACCAUGUAAGCCCUGUCGAGCGAAGGGGAAAAUGGUGCCCAGCUUGUGCAGGAGUGACUUUGCUAUUGUUGGCCGGCUGACAGAGCUGGUGGAGGAUCUGGACUCAGGGUUGGCCCGCUUUAGCUUGGAAGAAGUCCUGAGAGAUGAAAAGAUGGGGUUGACUUUGUUCAAUACCAAACACCUAGAGGUGACUAUUGCCAAGAUAGACUGGAGCUGUCCCUGUCCCAACAUCACCAUGGAGGAAAACCCUCUACUGGUGAUGGGUGUAGUGCAGGAUGGCAUGGCCAUCAUCCAAUCAGACAGCUACGUCAGAGCCAUAACUGAUCGCAGACUAAAGAAGCUACGUGAGGUCCUAAAUAAAAUGACCUGUGAGGUAUUGUAAAAGUCACGGGACUGUGGUCACUUUUACCUUUAGCACUGAAUAGAGGCAUUACGAUUGGAAACUGAUAUUUAAUCAGUCUCUAAAUCAAAGGACCCAAUGCCUUAUAUGUUAAUGUAGAUAUGAGAUGUAAUUUGCAUGUACAAUAUAUAUUCAUUUCAACACAGGUUGUGGUACAUUCCAGGUGUGUUGUAAGUCCAUUCAUAUCAAUGCUGAAAUGUUAUUAGAAAUUAGUUCAAAUAUAGAUACGUUUUUUGUCAUGUGUUCUGCGCGUUUCUGAAAAAUAAGGUAGCAGCCACACAAGUUAAUCACCAAAAAUGCCUAGCUUGUGAUGCUAAUGGAAUAGACAUUAAAAAAUACAAUAAUAAAACACAAAGUCCUAUAUCGCAUUAUCUUCAUUUUAUACGGGGCUUUUCAUACUAGUCAUAUAGGUGUUUAUAUAGCUUUUAUCUUGUUACAUGUGAUUUCAAGAUCUAAUGUGCAGCACAUUGAUGCUUAAAUAGUCCUGUUUGCAAAGCACUUCUUCUAACUUAGUUUUACACAAAGUCUUCAAACUGAAUGAAGAAAAGAGAGUAGUUGACUGUAUAAAAGCAAAUAACAUAAAGACAGCAUAUCAGUGAGCAGUUUUACUCAAGAGUGCAAUACAGAAGACUAUAUAAUGGAUUACAAUAUUUUAGUUUGCAUCAAACAUCUUCAUUGGUUUCACCCUGUUUUUGAAUAUGGGGAAACAAUUCCUUAAAAGUUCUAGAAAAUUUGGCAAUGUAUCCGAGUUUCAAGUGUAAGUUAAGGCGUUUCGACCGUCCUGCUCCAAUACUGGUCUGCACCCAGAGGAGGAACCACAGGAUGCUUCACACCAAACUCUCCUUCCUGAACAGAAGACACUUGUUGUUUGCAGGCAUGUCCACCUAGAAAAGAAGAUAUUGACAUUACCACAACUGCAUUGUUAACGGUGUUAUCUUUUUGUGUUUUAUGGGAAAUAAAUUGUAUUGUGUGAUCAAA